AUGAGUGGCCAAACAGUGCACGGAGUGAGGAGCCGAUCGGUACGGUGGGUUUCGGGCAGUGGUCUACGGCACGCCCUGCUGCCGCUGCUGCUGCUGCUGGUACUGGUUUACGGUGAUUUAUGCUCGGCGUCGGGUGGUGGGGCGCACCAUCGGUGGGACCAUCUGGUGGACUUUGACCCGAACUAUCGGCUCCUGUGGACGGUCGGGCCGCAGGACAUCACGCUCGAGAUACAGGCCCGCACUCUGGGCUACGUCGGCGUCGGCUUCUCCAAGGAUGGCACCCUGUCCGGGGCCGAUCUGGCGAUCGGGUGGAUCGAGCAGGGCCAUGUCUACCUGCAGGACCGUCACGUGCGACCGGAUAGUGACGGCGAACCGGUCGUGGACGCCUCCCAGGACUACACGCUGCUGCUGGGCUACGAGAACAUGACGCACACCGUGAUUAGAUUUAAGCGCAAUCUGGAUACCUGUGAUAUGAAGGACGACUUCCCGAUAACGAACGACACAAUGCGCGUCAUUUUCAUGUACUCGAAGGAGAAGCCCCGAAAGGGAUCGCCCACGGCCACCACGUUACCGCAGCCGCUGGUCGCCUUCAAAGGAUCCCGGUCGCUGUUUCUCACGCAGCGCUCGAGCCAGGACGAGCUGACGAACUCGCCGGCCAUCGACGUGCUGGAGCUGCGCAACGAGGACGUCGAGCUGCCGGAAAGUGACGAGAGCCUGUACUGGUGCAAAAUCUUCAAGCUCGACGACUUCGUCCAGAAGCACCACUUGGUCCGGUACGAACCCGUCUUCGACUCGAGCACGAGCGUGCUGUACCUAAACCACAUCAUCCUGUACGAGUGCCAGGGCCUGUCCAAGGAGCUGGAGCAGCUGUCCCGCCAGCGCGGCCAACCGUGCUUCCGGCUGCAGCCGAUGCACUGCAACACGGUCGUGGCUAAUUGGGCCCGUGGAUCCGACGGCUUUACGUUCCCGGACGAGGCGGGCUACCCGCUCGAGUCGCACCAGGCCACGUACUACAUGCUGGAGACGCACUACAACUAUCCGGACUACACGUACGACUUCUCGCCGUUCUAUCGCAAGAAUCUCAGCAAGCAGCAGCAGAACAUGAACAUCAAUUCACGCGACGAUUCCCGGGAACCGGCACCGCCGACCGGGGCGGACAGUGCUCCCGGGGACGGCGAAGGCGACGGCGAAGACAGCGACGACGGUAUCAUGAUGGAGCAACAGAUGGUUGACAAUUCGGGACUGAAGCUGUUCUACACGCGCAAGCUGCGCCCGUACGAUGCCGGUGUCCUGUCGGUCGGGCUGGACCCAAACUGGCGGCACAUCAUUCCGCCGCGCCAGGAGAAGGUCGUCUCCGAAGGUCACUGCGUGGGAAGCUGCACCCAGCGGGCGAUUCCGCGCGACGGCAUCAACAUCUUCGCGGUCAUGAGCCGAACGCACCUGAUCGGACGGCAGGUUAAGCUGCGGCAGAUCCGUGGACACACCGAGCUGCAGCCGAUCAUGCACGACAACAACAUUGACCCCAGCUACCAGGACUACCGGCGGUUGGUCGACCCGGCGCAGGUCCUGCCCGGCGACAGCCUCGUGGCGGAGUGUAUCUAUGACAGCUCGUCCCGCAAAUCCAUCACACUCGGUGGCAUGACGACCCGGGAGGAAAUAUGUCUCAUUCUGACACUGUACUACCCUCGUCAGCGGGAACUGACGUCCUGCCAUUCGCUGCCGAGUCUGCCGACGGUCCUGCACUCGCUGGGCAUCGAGGAGUUGGCUUCCGGCACCAACCCGGUCGUGAUAGCAUCACCGUCGGAGCUGGCCGGCAUGACGCUCGAACGGCGCCUGACGUCGUACGAUUGGGAGAAUCAGUUCGAAAGCUUCCAGGACGCCACCCGACGGGGCUCGUUUAAGCCACUCUGCUGGACACCGACCAACACGAUGCUACCGGGCAUCGAAGCGGAAGCAUUCGGGAGCAACAUAACGCGCGCCUGGAAACCGCUGGACAAGUGCCGGAACGUGCACACCAACCUGGUCACUGACGCGGGCCCGAACAUGAUCGACAUGCCGGCGAUGGACGAUCACGAGUCGACCAACAUGAUCGACGUGGACCUGAAGGCGAAGAUGUCGCGCAGCGGCCAGCAGACACCGCCCACGACCAACCAUCGGCAGGUGGGGCGCAGCUCGGCUGCCACCGUCCUCCACUCGACCGUGCUGCUCUCGGUGACCGCCCUGGUGCUCGGUGGUGGUAGCUGGGGAUGGCAGUAAGCCUGCCCGACGUCCGUGUAAUAUACAGAGUCGGCACCCGGGAUGUGCCACAACGUAUUAAGAAAGCAAUAAGUGACACACCGGCACAGACACGGCACUCUGCCCCUUUCUCUCUGCACUCUCAUCACACGGUGCAAUAAAAGCUGCUCCCGUACCCGAACCGAGUCCGGAACCGGAAACUCAUUACAGAGCG